GAGUGACGUGGAGGGUGAAAGAAUGCCGGUUUCACGUGGAGACCGGCGUCGCUCAACCCACGCGUGCUUUAAAUGGCCCCGUGCGCAGGCUCAGCCUCGAGCUGCCGGACGGAGUUCGAGUUCGCUUUAAUUUGGCGGAUUUUCACAUGGAAAACACGGAGUCGGCACUCGUUGUGUGCGAUGAUGCAUUUCCAUCGAAUUGCGUUUUUUUUGAAGACCUGUUUUAACAAUUGUCCUUCGAUGCUCAGUCGUAAACGAAGUCCGGCGCGGUUUGCGCAGCCUGACUGCGGAUAAAGACGCUCCGCGGCGUCUACGUUCAAAACGCCAUUCACAAAACGCGCACGUUUUGAACGCCGUGUCCUGACGUGCAGUCACGCUGCGUCGGUGCGGAUUCGCCGGUAGCGAAGAGUUGAAGGCGCGUGCUAAUGCCGCAGACAGCGGCUGCGUGUCUGAGUCGCUACAACUGCGUGAACGGCAGUAGGCGCGUAUUCGACUGCCUCGUCGCGGAGCAGACGGCGCUGUAUUUGGGUUUCGCCCGAGGUUUCCAGGCUCGGAUGGAGGAGAAAGGCAGCCUUUAACUCCGCUCUGCGCCGCACACUGCUGCUUUGUUCCCGUCAGACCUCCACGGGGAAUAUUAUGGUCUGUCUGCAUGGGUUUCGCCACUUUUCUCGUGAGCUGCACAGUGAUUAUUUUACCACUUUAAUUGUGGGACUGCAGGAUGUCCUGAGUGGGUUGUUUGUUCAGAGCCGAGGCUUUUAAAUGUUAAUUGCUCUGGCUUUUGUUCUGUGAGUUGGUCUUUAUUAAUCUCCUAAAUAAAUUGUCUCGAUCCCCUGCGGCGUUGACUUGCGGUGGUUCUAAGAAACCGCCCAGUAUUGUUUGUGUCAGCAGGAGCCGGGUUUCUUUCUGCAGGUUUUUGAUUACGCUCGUGAAUAGGAAAAAUGUAAAUCGUGGAGAGAGAGGGGAUUUUACCCCGGUCUCUUCCAGCUGUUUCUGUGACGUCACGGCAGGCGGGGGUCUGGGCCGUGGGCCUCCUGGGGAGCCGCGGGGCGGGGCCUCGGUGAUGUAAACACACAUAAAAGGCGGCACGCUGCCGCUCGGGUCUCAGUCUGGAGGAACUGGUUUAGACUUUCACUACAACACGUGCUGCUGCGUGGUCGCGUCCCGUGGAACUUACAGCUGCUCGAAACGCACUACUUCUGGAUUUAAGCUUUAAGAAGCACCGCUACCUCUGUUAUUUAUUGUUUUGUUUUUUUAUUGUUCUCUCAGAUUCAACCAGCAAACAUGUUGCAAAGCUUCGCUCAGUCCCAGGACUGGUUUUGCACCGAGCCGCUGCUCUUUGACGACGAGUUCUGCCAGAGUCUGAUGAAGGACCUCCAGUCUCUGCCGACGCCGCCGCAGUCGCCCCCCAUGAAGACGGGCCUGGGCGGCACCAAGCCGCUGUCCAAGGAGGACCAGCUCAGCUACGUGUCCGACAUCCUCCUGGAGGACCACGACAUGCAGCUCAACUGGAACUGCGACUUCUUCCACCCCGACGCCGCCGAGAAGGGCGCCGAGCUGAGCCGGGCCGGCUCGCCGCUGGGGGACGGCGCCGAGGACUGCCUGUGGCGCUGCCUGGCGGCCGACAGGCUGGACGAGAAGCUGGUCUCCACCAUGCUCGGCUCCAGCCCGUUGCUGUCGGAGAUCGACACCAGCAUCUUCGAGGAGAUCGCCGGCUCCACGCUGGACUGCCAGAACCUGAUGGACACGCAGGAACCCAGCGAGGCCACGUCGGACUACGGCUCAACUGGUGGAGAACUGUCCACGUAUUCCUCCAGUGAUUCUGAGGAGGAGAUUGAUGUGGUGACGGUGGUCCGCUGUCCCUCCCGCCCCUCCCCCCUGCCCUCAUUGGACGACCUGUCCGCUCGUCAGCAGAAACGGGAAGAGGAGCAGCGAGCGCUUCAGCGCCACAACUUCGAGAUCCAGCUGCAACACAACUACGCGGCGCCGUGUCCCGCUUCGCCGCCGCCGUCCAACAAGCGCACGAGGGGCGACGGCUCGGCGCGCUUCCACCACUCGUCGCGCAGCUCGUCUUCGUCGUCGUCAUCGUCGUCGCGCUACAGCCACCACUCCUCCCGAAACUCCAUGGAAACGGAGGACGAGGAGGAGCGGCGGCGGACUCACAACGUGAUGGAGAGGCAGCGGCGCAACGAGCUGAAGAACUGCUUCAUGCGCCUGCGCGACAACGUGCCAGAGCUGCUGUGCAACGACAAAGCGUCCAAGGUGGUGAUCCUGAAGAAGGCCAGAGACUGCAUCUACGGCCUGGAGAACGAGGGCCACCGGCUGCAGACCAAGAAGGAGCGGCUCCGGGCCAAACAGGAGGAGCUGAAGGCCCGGCUGCAGCGGCUGCGCAGCUAAUGCAGCGGCUGCGCAGCUAAUGCGGCGACCAGACUUUGUACAGAGACAGAGGGAGGGCUGGGUGUGAAGGACGGCGGGCGCACAAACGUUGGCAUUUCACAGACUGUAUGAUGACUGUAUGUCCACAAACACAACACACACUCAUUGCCUCAGAGAUGCUCAUUCUCACGCCUUGACUGCUGACUGUUGAGUAGGAUGUUCUGUUUUAAGUUGACACAUGGAUGGAGCGACCAGGUUUUAUAGAUUUAUAUAUAUAUAUUUUUUAGGAUGGCUGGAUGCACACUGAUCGACAAUAAUCUUUUUGUAAUUGUUUUGUGUCGUCUCGUUUGGGAUCGUUUUCGUCAAAGAUGCCAAAUGGGGCCGUGGAAUGAAUGCAUCAAAGUGCCUGUUAAGUUAAAUAACUGGAAGCCACUGGAGCUCAGUAGUUAAAUGAAACUUGAAUGUUGCUUUCAGGGUGUCUCGUAGCCAUACUGACCAGUGAUCCCUCCACUCGCAGGUAUUUAUUGGUGGCUUUGAAGUUAUUUGCUUUAACUGCGCCUCUGUCAAAUGCAGCUAAACUCUAAUUCCGACUCUACUUUAUUUGUUGAGGAGAGUCCAGUGUGCGUUCAGCCUCGUUGUUGGCUGUUAAUUGUAAGACUGUAUUGACCGGGUUUGAUGCUGGGCCUCGGUUCACGCUACCAACGGUUCCCUCGCUUCAACGCGUGCGUUUGCUUCCAAUGCGAAGGCGUUUCAGUGGCUGCCGCAUUAAAUGUCAAUCAGGUUCCUGAGGACAGAAAAGAGACGUAGCAAAUCGGCCAAAGCUGAGAAGGUCUGUUAAAGGCGUUCUCGUCUGAAGCCGUGACAGUGUCCUGAAAUAAUAUUUAAUGGUUGUGGUUGGAGGAAGCUGCAGCGGCGGCGAUACUGUGACGAUGUUGCUCGUAGAGCAGCCAUUUUUAGUCUGUUAGUAACUUUUUUUAAUGAGGCGACUCUUAACCAGGGCGAAUAGCUUGAAAACCAGGGACUGUUUCUACCAACCUUGUAGCUAGUAUCAAAUCCUCACGUUUUGCUUUGAUUCUUUUUUUUUUUU